AUGCAGCCGAACAUACCACUUCUGGCAAUGUCAUUUAACCAUGCUGAGUUUUGGGUUCAACUACAUGACUUGCCGUAUGGUUUCUACUCUGAGAAGACUGCUAAGGCCAUUGGUAACCACAUUGGCACCUAUGUGCGUAUUGAUGAGAACACUUUUGAAGGAUGGUGGAAAUCGUUCAUACGGAUUCGUGUCUCUGUCGACAUUACUAAGCCAUUACUGUGUAAGAUGAGAAUACGAAAGACAGGUGAGGAGUGGUCGUGGAUAUCAUUUCAGUAUGAAUGCCUUCCGAAUUUUUGCUUCCUCUAUGGGAUUCUCGGCCAUACUGAGAAGUUCUGUUCGAAACCAUUUGAUGAGGUGUGGCAAGGUGGAGAGAAGCUGUAUGGUGCCUGGAUGAGAGUUGCUAGCCGGAGGGCUCCGCCGGCGGCCGGUCAACGGUGGCUGGUUCUUGAUCAUGGUAGGGGUACGGGGUCGUUACUGGUACAGAGUGGCGGAAUUGGUACGAAUUCUGCAGUGUUAGGCCUGGUACCGGGUACGUCUCAUAUCUGGACAAAUCCUCAGAGUACGGAGGUGGGCAGAGAAGAACACGUGUCGACUGAGAAUAUGGAUGUUGGAGAGAUGGUGGGAGACGUGGAUGAGCUGCCACGUGCUAUGGAGGCUGAGAAGGACGUUGGUGAUGGUCUGACUCUGUUGGAUCAGAAGAGGCGUAGGGUGGAUGCUGAGGAUCCGCUUGCUCAGUCCAGCCUAAUGCAUUUUGAUCUUAAUGAAACUGGUUCUCUUUCAAAAAAUGGGCCAAUGGCGGGACCUGUGGAUCAGGCCCGCCCACAACAAUGA